GCGAUAGCAAACAGUUAUACAUACCAAGCACGUGGCGGGUCACUCAACCAUCCCACAACAACUGUAAAGCUAUCCGGCACUGAAGGCUAACUGACCAUCAGAAUGUCAGAGCGCAAAGCCGUGAUCAAGAAUGCCGAUAUGGCAGAGGACAUGCAGCAGGAUGCUGUAGAUUGUGCCACUCAGGCCAUGGAAAAAUACAACAUUGAGAAAGACAUCGCCGCUUACAUCAAGAAGGAAUUCGACAAAAAGUACAACCCAACGUGGCAUUGCAUUGUGGGUCGUAACUUUGGCAGUUACGUCACGCACGAGACGAAACAUUUCAUCUACUUCUACAUGGGACAAGUGGCGGUGCUGCUCUUCAAAUCUGGAUAAAUUUAUAUUGAGUUACUGCAAUGAACAAACUGAAGCAGAAGUAAAAUAGACCUAUAGACUUGCAUGUUUUAUACAGAGACAACAAACACAGAUGAUAUCAAAAAAGUGAGAUACGAUCAAGCGGUUGCAACAAUAGCGGAGCGCUCGGGUUUGAACCGUGCGUUAGAACUCUACUCUCGAUCAGAGACCUUGCAUUUCCUGUCACCUGGAAUGUGUGCAUGACGAAUGAUUGGCUAUGCGACUGUGUUUGAUUCUGAAGGAUUUACCGAGCGAUCCUUAAAGCAAAGUUUUUCACCUAAUAUCACGGUUAAUUUCAUUAACAGACCGGUACGUCAGCAGCCAUGACGUUGCUGUAUGAAACUCUACAA